ACCCCACGACGAGGAAAAAAAAACUCUUUUCUACUAACACGCGCAGCCCCAGCGAAGCAGCUCAGCGGCGACAAAGGGGGCCCUUUCCGUUGGUCGCCACCGCCACCGCCACCUCGCGUCGGCCCACCCCCCGUUCCUCUGCACGCCCACGCGGGAUCUCGCUCUCGCCCCGAGGAGGGCUCUCCCGCAGGGUUUGCGGCGGGCGAUGGCGAGCCGGGUGAAGGAGGACGAGAAGAACGAGCGGGUCAUACGCGGUCUGCUCAAGCUGCCCGCCAACAAGAGGUGCAUCAACUGCAACAAUUUGGGACCACAAUAUGUGUGCACAAAUUUCUGGACCUUCGUUUGUACCAAUUGCAGUGGAGCACACCGAGAGUUCACUCACCGGGUGAAAUCUGUUUCCAUGGCUAAAUUUACUGCACAAGAAGUCACUGCUCUACAAGGAGGAGGAAAUGAGCGUGCUAGAGAAAUAUUUUUCAAGGAGUGGGAUUCUCAGCGCAAUCCAUACCCUGACAGCGGUAAUACGGACAAAUUGAGGAAUUUCAUCAAGCAUGUUUACGUGGAGCGGAGAUAUACAGGAGAAAGAAGCUCUGAUAGACCACCGAGGGGAAAGGACGAUAAGGAUGAACAUAGCGAAAAUAGAAGAUCUGAUGGAAAUCGGGGUGGUUCAAGAAGUCCACCAUACAAUGAAAGUUACUCUGACCGUCGGAGUUAUAGUGGACGGAGUGAUGACAGAAAUUCCAGACAUUCCUAUGGAGAACGUAGUCCUGGCUAUGACCAGAAUGACUAUAAGAAAAGCCCCCGCCACUUUGAAGUUGUCGAUGAUAGAUCUGGGAAAACAACUCCAGUUCAAAGGUUCGAGGACCGCAGGUUUUCUGAACCACGGAAGCCAGAAACUGGGUCUCCAAAUUACCAGAGAGAAGCCAACGGAUCUAGUCCUCCUGUUGUACGGCCAGUGAGGGAGAUAUUGGGUGAUGAUGCUCCUCAACUUCGGAUUGGCGAACCUCCAAAGCCGAAUGUAGUCAGACCGAUUGACCCUCCAAAACCAAAUGGAACCAGGACCAUUGAGCCUCCACCUCAGGCACAGAGGACAUCUACUGCCAGCAGUAUUGGUUCUUCCGAGGGGAUUUCGGAACAGGCGAAGGCAGCAACUCCAGUCAGUUUAAUUGAUUUUGGUGCAGAUCCUGAACCUACUGCAUCUGCCCCGCCAUCACAGACAGCCCCUACACCCCAGCAGCAGCCAGUUAGUGCACAGCCUAUUAACGCAACAGCGCCGCAACAUGUUCUUGAACAAGGCAAAAGUGCUCCAUCAGUGAGCGGCGGUGAUUGGGCAUCUUUUGAUGCUUUUGGCCAGCAGCAACAAACACCACAAGCAGGCAGCACCGUAAAUCCGCUUGAGUCUGUGCUUGCACAACUAUCAUUCUCCGAAACACCCUCUGCCUCCAAUACGUCAGCCUUUUCAACUUCUGUUGAUCCGCAAGCAAAUGGAGGACAGUUUUCCAUGAUAGAUCCAUCACAUUCUUCAUUAUUUGGUCCACCCGUUGGAAUCUCAGGCAAUCAGGUCUCAACAGGAAUGCCUGUCCAAGGAUCUGCAGUUCAUCAAUCUGCGGUGGCUGCCUCUAUGGGUGGUCUUCCAUCUCAUUUGCCUUCAAAUUCUCAAGGAACCAGUGGUAUUCAAGAAGCAACGUCUUCUCAUGACAGCAAAUCCAGUGGGCGGACAGCACUUCCAGUGGAUUUCUUUACUUCACUAUAUCCAUCAGCAACUCCAGCAAUGCCUGGCUGGCAGAGAGCUCCCCAGUCUGGAAUGGGAUUUGGUAUGCAGUAUCCUGCUGCAAUGUUGCAGGGAAUGCAUUCAUAUCCUCAGGCAGCAUUUUCUCAACCUACGUAUCAACAACCUACAUAUCAACAACCUAUGUAUCAGCAACCUACAUACCAACAACCUACGUAUCAACAGCCUGUAUAUCAGCAAAAUGCGUAUCCCCAACCUGCGAAAGCUUCAAACCCUUUUGACCUCGGAAAUGAGGCAGCUCCAAUUCAAGCUCACAUGUCCCUAUCUGGACCACUGGGAGCAUCAGCAGGCGCUACUAACCCAACAUUAGUUGGUAACUCUAGUUUUGGAGUUCCACCUCAGCAGCCUCAGCAGAUGUAUCGGCCAUCUGUACAUCAAAACCAUUACAUGAUGCAGCAUGUUUCAAACAACAUGCCUGAGCAGCUACCUAAUGGCAUGCUUCCAAGGCAACAAGGAGGUGCUGGUUCCCUCGGCAUCGGCUAUGAUCAACAAGCUGCUCCUAGGUAUUCCCAGCCAAACACCCCACCUUCCUAUGGUGCUGUGGGUGGAAAUCCUUUUGGGUAAAAGGCUUAUCAAAUGUGGACAUACCAUUUUACCUGUUUAUGGUAUCUUGUGUAUCUUCAGACCACUGGUUUGUGGUGCCCACUGCCCAGUGAGAUCGAAUGCACAAAGCCCUGGAGAAAAUUUGUUUCAUAUUACUGGUUAUGUGUUUGUCACUGUAGCUCCAUGUAACUUGAUCUGGAAGGUGGAAGCGACGUGGGGCAUAAGCUUCAGGAGCAGGAGUUCUGCGGUUCUUCUAGCCCCUAUUUUCUUGUAUAUUUGUGUUUGGUGUUCUGUAUGCGUUGCGUCCGGUGUAUAUUCAGAGACCCUAUGCCUUGUAUGGUUUUUGAUUGGGAUCUUUCAAGCGGCCAUAUCUGAUAGUGUACUUAGUUCAGAAUGUUAUUUUUAGUCCAGCUGGCUAUUUCAAUUUUAAUGUUUAUUGCAAUGCAUGAUUGAAGGAUGUAUAAUUGUGAUUAAUCAGUUGUUUUAGUCUCACGCUAUUAUUGCAUUA